CCCCUUCCCCCAACGCGCAUUCAAGAUGCCCCCUCCCCUUCCCGCGGGCACAGAGAUAGAGCUGCCGGCCCCUGCCAGCGGCAGACGUGAGGCGCUCGUCCUCGAGGUGGUCAAAGUGAUAAAAGAGGGAGCUGACGGGGCGUGUGUGCUCCUGGCCGACCGGCGCGGGGACCUAUACGUCGGCAAGGCCGCUCACUGUGCCGCCGGCGACGGCGCCAUCGCCGCAGAGGGCGAGAAGCUGACGGCCAUCUACGAGUCAGCCAAGAGCAAGGGCGAGGAGCCGCGUGUGCCCCGGGUCAUGGGGGUCGCCGCACACGAGGUCGGUGGCGGACGCACGAUGAAGAUUCUGGUCCUGGAGAAGCUUCAGUGCGACGCCACCGACUUCGUCAGGAAGUACGAGGCCACCAUGAAGCGGCCUCUCUCGCUCACGGCCGCACUGCAGACGUACGUUGAUAUGGUAAGCACAACUGAUCCGUUCACGAAAGGGAAUGCAUGCCAUGCAUGAAUGAGUGGAUGCAGGUCUGCAGCAUCAAGCAGUUCCAUGACGCGGGCAUGGCCCACACGGAUUUGAACAAGAACAACGUCAUGUACACCGAGAGGGCACCCUUCGGCGUCAGACUCAUCGACGCCACGCGAGCGCUGUAUCUGCACACGCAGCCUCUAGAGUGGAUUUUCCUCGGCCGCAGGGCGACCAUGCAGCGAGGAGCACCGGCCUACCAGGGCCACCACGCCUUCAGGGGCCGGCCAGAAUGCGGCAGGUUGGCAUAGAAAGGACCGACCAAUUCAUUGAGGGAUUCUUCAUUCGUGUCUUUCUUGAUUUCUUUCAGGGGGGAUUUGAGUGCUGCGUUUCGCUGCUGCCUAGACAUGGUCGCCACCAAGGCGCAGGGCGAGCCGGCGCCGAAUGCCGCUUUCGCAGCGGUAAAGAGUGCGCAGAAGGCCAGCCCCCUGAACUGGGACUCGCCCGAAGUCGCCGCCGCGUGUGAGAGAUACCUGUCCGUGAGGAAGAGGGUGGAAAAGAAGAAGAUAGCGGAGAUCGCUGAGAUGCUGCCCGGUGGGUGGGUGGGUGUAUGGAAUAUAUGCAAUUGUAUAUAUGUCGACUUUGACAUUCAUAUGUCGACUUAUUUAUGUUGGGCUGAUGUGAUUGAUGUGUGCAGAGGCCGUGUCUGCGGAUGUGAAGGCUGAGUUAGAGUUUCUGUUGAAGUUCCUGAAUGACCUACCCUUCUUCUGCACGCCCCUGCCGCCGGGCAGCAGGCUGUACGACGGCAUCACAGAGGCCGUCACUGACAUAAUCUCCAGGUAAAGGACGAGAAAGGGACGGAGGGAGGGAAAAGGGAAAUGAAAAGAUGUCCGUCUGUGUGCCCUUGAUCCAUUCAGGAUUCAGGAGGGCCCACAGACAUACCACCAGGACAGCCUCGAGAAGGCUUUCCGCGACGCCGUAAGCAGGACCACAGACAAUUGACCAGAGACACAUCCACACACGCGGCUUCCCCCUCUCUGAUGCCUUUCCUCUCCUCCCAUCUGUCUGUCUGUCUGUCUGUGUCUCAGGGCUUCGUGGUGCCCCAGCCGCCGCCCCCAAGCCCGCCAGCGCAAGAGCCCACAGACGAGGAGGAGAGCACUGGCGAAGGCGACGAGAGGGUGGGCAAACAAACCAUCGAGAACCAGCGGAAUAUUUAUCUGUCUUUCUGUCUGUCUAUCUGUCUGUCUGUGUGGCUGCGUGUGUCUCCUCUCAAUCAGGAGAGCGAGGGGCCUUCAGAGGCGUCGAGGAGCAGCGGCGGCAGCGAGGCCACGGAGGACACUUCGAGGGGCCGCAAACGCCGGAGGCCAAACGUCGAGGCCUGCCGGUAUGACAAGAGCAUCGGGCCCAUCGAGGUCCUCCCCGACGUCGACGAGGAGGAACAAGUAGUGGAUGGCACGUGGAGGAAGAGGCGGCACAUGUCCCUGCCCAGCCACCUGCACUGGCCCGAGUAGGGUAGUUGGCUACUAGCUAGCUGCUCUGUCUCUGUGGGUUUUCGGUGGUGAACCGUAGCUUUUCUGACCCUAGCGGACCGUAGCUUUUCUGACCCUUUCUGUGGGUGUCGCUGACCGACACGACCCGUGUGCGUGCGUGGGUGUGCCAAUGCUCCAUGUCGCCAAAACAAUCACUGUCCACCUCGCCAGCCAACUCACAAGCGGAUAGAUGAGGCGGGUGACAUGACAGCCUGUUUGCC